AUGAGGAUUUUCCUGGUUUGGACCCUUUUCCCAGGCGGCUGGGCAGUGACAGGCCCCGUGCAGGUGACGACCAAGCAGGGCAGCUCGCUGGCAGUGUCCUGCAGCUACGAGCCAGGCUAUGAGCUCUACUCCAAGUACUGGUGCCGCCAGGGCUUCCUCGGGUUUUGCUUCACCUACAUCGCCCAAACCAAUGGCUCGGAGGUGACGGUGACGCAGGGCAGGGUGUCCAUUGGGGACAAUCACAUGGCACGCUCAUUCACGGUGACGCUGGGCCGUGUCACGCCGGGGGAUGCAGGCUGGUACUCCUGCGGGGUGAGGAGGAGCCUGUGGUUCAGCUUGUGGCACACCAUCGAGGUGAUGGUCUCCGCAGGUAAAGCCAGGCUGGGAGCAAAGCAGGGGCCUGUUUCAACGACACCUGAGGGCAGCGACGUGAGCCUGUUGGCCACCAAACCCCUGUGCCCUACUGGCUGCGGGGAGCCUCCAGUGCCGUCCCAGCUCAGCAUCACCUACCUGCUGCUCUUCCUCGGCAUGAAGGUGCCCGUGGCGCUGGCCUUGGCGUGUGUGGCCGCCUGGAUGAGGAGCCGGCGCAGGAGCCGUGACCAAGACAACCUGCAGCUCUUCGAGGUGGCCGGCAGCACCGGAGCACCAGGCUGCCCACCCACCCCUACCACCUCAGAGCCGCAGGGGUUCUGCGUCUCCAAAAAGCAGGCACCUGCACACUGCUGA